UGACCACAUCAAGAGGAGGGGUUUGAAUGUGACAAUUUAGCUAAUACAAUGUAACCAUCUCAAGUGUCCAAGACAACUGACUGUAAAACCGCAGACCAACUUGUUUACCAGCACUCGUUUCAACUGCUCACCACAAAUGCAACACGAACGGAUAUCAAAUGGGAGAAAACAGAUUGUCAACAAAACGGAACCGCUGAGGGGACAGGGCCAGAGAACAGUCGUAUGAGGCUAAUGCAGGAAGUAACUGCAGCCCUCAGGAAUCACAGAAUACUGUUCCACCUCUUCUCUCCUUUUCCGGGAGCAUGCCAUCUGAACCUUGUGUCAGUGGGCAGGAGCUGGUAACAGACCAGAGGCUAUGCCAGUCCAAGUCUCACCAGGACUCCGUCCUCUCCGCCCUCAACCAGCAGAGGAAGGAUGGCCUACUCUGUGAUGUCACCCUGGUCGCCGGCGACCAGAAGUUCCACGCCCAUAAAGCAGUGCUGGCGGCGUGCAGCGAUUACUUCCGGGCCAUGUUCAGUCUGUGCAUGGUGGAGAGUGAGGCAGAUGAGGUGACUCUUCAGGGAGUGACCAGUGUGGGACUGAAACAUGCACUAGACUUCGCCUACACAGGACAGAUAAUGCUGGAGCCAGGGGUGAUUCAGGAUGUUCUGUCGGCAGGAAGUCACCUUCAGCUGCUGGAGCUGCUCAGUCUUUGCUCACACUACCUCGUCCAGGAGCUGAACAGUGUUAACUACCUGGACCUGUACCGUGUGGCCGAUCUGUUCCACCUCCCUGCUCUGGAGGAGGCUGUGGUCAGCUUCCUGGUAGAACACCUGUGUGAGCUGCAGCAGAGCCGCCAGGAGGAGGUGCUGCUGCUCCCCUACCGCCUCCUCAGGGAGGUGCUGAAGAGCGACCGCCUCACCUCCCUCAACGAGGAGGAGAUCUGGCAGCUGGUGGUGUGCUGGUUAGAGCAUGACUGUCGGUACCAGUACACCGAGGACCUGAUACAGCACGUUCGUUACGGCCUUAUGGAUGUGGCCGCCCUGCACCACGUGGCACAGUGCCACCCGCUGGUCCAGUCCAGUGCCACCGCCGCCGCCCUAGUGGACGAGGCUCUAGAGUACCACCGUGCCACCUACGCCCAACCCCUCCGCCAGACCGCCCACACCAAGCCCCGCUUCCAGUCUCUCACCCUCUACAUCGCCGGCGGGCGCAAGCGCGAGGUGAGCCGCGUGCGGGAGCUGCGCUACUUCAACCCGGCCGCCCAGGAGACCGUGCGCGUGGCCGGGUGCUCCAACUGGAGCGAGCUGGCGCCCAUGCCCGCCGGGCGCAGCCACCACUGCGUGGCCGUCAUGGGUCACUUCCUGUUUGUGGCAGGCGGCGAGGUGGAGCAUUCCACGGGGAGAACGUGUGCGGUGAGGACCGCUUGUCGGUAUGACCCCCGGGGGAACCGCUGGACGGAGAUAGCCUCCAUGAAGGCUUGCAGGGAACACUUUGUCCUGGGGGCUCUGGGCCAGUACCUGUACGCGGUGGGGGGGAGGAACGAGCUGAGACAGGUGCUGCCCACCGUGGAACGCUACUGUCCGAAGAGGAACAAGUGGACCUUCGUCCAGUCCUUUGACCGCUCGCUGUCCUGCCACGCCGGCUGUGUGGCUGACGACCUGCUCUGGGUCUCAGGUGGAGUCACAAACACAGCUCAGUACCAGAAUAGACUGAUGGUGUACGACCCAGAACAGAACCAGUGGCUGGCCCGCAGUCCCAUGCUACAGAGGCGAGUGUACCAUGUCAUGGCCGUGGCGAGAAGGCAGCUGUAUGUGCUGGGAGGAAAUGACCUGGACUACAACAACGACCGCAUUCUGGUCCGCCACAUCGACUCCUACGACAUAGACAUGGACCAGUGGACCCGCUGCACCUUCAGCCUACUCACGGGUCAGAAUGAAUCUGGAGUGGCAGUCCAUGAUGACCGAAUCUAUGUUGUCGGUGGAUAUUCUAUCUGGACCAAUGAGCCCCUAGCGUGUAUUCAGGUGUUGGAUGUGAGCACGGAGGGGAAGGAGGAAGUGUUCUAUGGACCAACUCUACCGUUCGCCUCCAAUGGAAUAGCAACGUGUUUCCUCCCUGCCCCAUACUUCACCUGCCCCAACCUCCAGACUCUACAAGUGCCCCAUCACAGGAUAGGGCCUGUCUAACACACUAAUAUAGACUACAGUAAAUGUCUACAUAGAUAUAUCAUGCAGCUCUUAUGGACAUACAACUAUGUAACACAAAAUAACUAAUUUACAACACCCCCCUCUUCCUCUAAAUGCAUUCACACACUAUUGCCACCCAGAUAAGAUUACCCACGUCUUCCCCAGUUUCAGGAUCCCAACCUAACCACUCCCAAGUGCAGGUGUCACUGCCCAUCCUUGACAUUACCCAUAAACUGAACAAAAACGUGGCCCUGUAUGAAAGGAGGAUCCUCGAGGACAUUGAGGAGGUUCCCUAUUCAGCUCCCCUGUGAUGAUGGACUGAUCUUUCAUCAGCUGCAGGGUUUGGGUCAAUUCCAUUUCAAUUCAGUCAAUUCAGGAAGUAAAACAGAAAUUCUGACGACAAUUUUGCUCCUUGAAAAGCAUUGAGAAUAAUAGAUAUUCGAUUGGAAUAAUAUAUCCCGAACUGCCAUAGAAUUGACCCCAAACCCUGCUCAGAUGACUGGUUGAAAUAAAGGGGCUGCACUAGUCAAUGGUGCAGAACAGGAGAUCGCAAUGCUGGAGCACUCAAGGGGAGCAGAGCUCUCUACGGAGUGAAAUGGCUCCCUCUUUUACUAAUGCACUCUAGGGCUAUUGGCACUCUAACUAGCUGUACUUACUUACUACUUACCAUAACCCAUCUACUCCAUACAAAGCCAAUGGACCCAUCCAAGGUCAUUUCAACUGAAACCGGUUAUGUGUGAACGAACUGUGGACCCAAUCUUACUCUUUCUUGAGCGUGUGUUUUCUAUUCAAGCUCAGGAUUUAAGACUGUUUAACAGUUCAAUGAAUGUCUGACCACUGUUAUCAUACAGUGCAUAUACUCAACAUACUGUGUGUAGGAGAACCUAAGCUAUGUGUUGCCACUGUCUUAUGCCAUUUUCAAAACGUCUUGUUUUACUUUGAGCAAAAAAAAUAAGACAAAAGUAAAUCUGUAACUCCACCAGCCUCCAGCAGUGAGAGGAAGUGUGAGAAAAAAAAAACAUGUCUUGUUUUCAGAAUAAAGAGGUACAGUACUGUAUCAAUAAAGCCCAUAAAUUGAAUUGAGCAA